UUAGGAUUUCAUCUUGAUUUCUGUAUAGUGUUUUUAAAUAUAUUGCUCUGUGUAAUUUUCAUAGUGAUUGCUCUGGGUAUGACUGAUCACAGCCUAUUGGUUUCAGUAUUUUACCACUUCAAGUGAAGUGUAGGAAUUUCACUUCUAUUUAGGUUUUUUUUUUUCGCCUUCUUCACUUUAAAAUAUCCUUGUUUUGAGGAUCAGAUGGUGUUAUAAUUUUUAUUUUAAUCAUUACAUAUAAUUUUAAAAACUCAUGAAAAGAAGGAUACUCCAUUGUGUUUACUCAUGUGUCUAUUCUCCAUUGUUUGUCCUCCCCACCUUAGGCCUGAAGAGUCUUUCUUUUUUAAAAAAAUCAUUUUAUUUAGGUUUACAGAGCUUUCUUUAGCCAUUCUAUGAGGGUAGGUAUGCUAGUGACAAUUUCUUUUGGUUUUCCUUUGAGAAUGUGUUUAUUGCACAUUCAUUCCUGAUAAGUAGUUUUAUUCAAUGUGGAAUUCAUGGUUGACAGUUCUUUUCUCAUGGAACUUGAAAAAUUCUACACAACUUUUUUUUCUGCACCCCAUGGUUUCAAAUGAGAAAUCUGCUAUCAUUGUAAAGUGGUGCUGGGUGCAGGGUUUGGGGGAAGGAAGGCCGGCUCGGCAGGAAGGCAGGUUUGCAGGCUUUUGCUCCCUUUUCCAAAGACCAACAAAGAGAACUUUCCCAGCUCCCAACCCAAGCCCUUUUGGAACUGUGUGUGGUUGUUGGCAUCCUGUGGUGCCUCCUUGCCAUCCCUGUCCUUUCCAUGCCUGGCAACGGGUCUUUGUGGCUCUGCAGAAUGGAGAUUUAAACCUAAGUUCAUGGCAAAACAUCUGAAGUUCAUCACCAGGACUGUGAUGGUAUAGGAAAGGAACGUGGAAGGUGCAUAGAGGACCCUAAACAGAAUCCUCACUACGGAUGGGCUCACUGAGGACAUUAAGUUUCAGCGGUAUUAUGAGAAGCCAUGCGGCCGGCGACAGAGGGAAAGCUAUGAAAAGUGCCGGCGGAUCUACAGUAUGGAAAUGGCUCACAAGAUCAACUUCUUGAUGCGAAAGAAUCAGGCAGAUCCGUGGGUAGGCUGCUGAGGCUUGUGGAUGGGACAUCCAGUAUGAAACCCUCAUCCAGUUUUGUCUCCAUCUCUUUUUUUUUAUACAAUCCCAUUUCCUAUUACAGUUCUGCAAUAAACUCAGUAAACUCAAAAUAAACUCAAUAUGUUUGCAAAAAAGAAAAAGAAAAGUGGCGUUGCCCUAUAGGUAAUAGAUUAUUUCUAUCUAACUGCUUUCAGUAUUUUUUCUUUGUCUAAUUUUCAGCAAUUUAUUUGUAAUAUGACUUGGUGUUAACUUAUUUGGGUUUAUCCUAUUUGAGAUAGUCUCACCUUUUAAAAUCAGUAGAUUUAUGUCUUUUGGCAAAUUUGGGGGCUUGUCAGCCAAUUUUUCUUUGCAUAUUCUUUCAGAUCCUUUUUUUUCCCCCCACUUCUGGGACUCUAAUCAUACAAAUAUUGGGUCUUUUGCUAUGCUUCCAGAGGUUUCUGAGGCUCUGUUUUUAUUUUUGUUUCAGUCUAUUUUCUGCCUUUUGCUCAGAAUGAGCAAAUUCUUUUGAUCUGUACUCAAGUUCAUUGAUUCUAUUCUUUUUUGUCUCCCAUCUAGUAUUGAGCCCAUUCAGGGAGUUACUUCAUCUAUUGUUUUUUACAAGUCUAUAAUUUCCAUUUUGUUCUUUUAAGCAACAUAUGUUUUUGCUGAUACUUCUGUUUUUUCUUCAUCUCAGGAGAAUUUGUAAUUGCUUUUUAAAUCAUUUUUAUGCUGGUUGUUUUAAAAUUCUUGUUAGAUAAUUCCAAUAUCUGAUUUAUCUCUGGGUUGACAUCAUUUCAUUUUAUUUUCUCAUUCAAGUUAUGGUUUUACUGAUCCUUGUGAUGACAUGAUUUUGAAUUGUAUGCUGGACAUUUUAGAUAUUAAGUUAGGAGACUCCAUGUCUUCUUUGAAUUUUUGAAUUUAGCAGACAAUCACCUUUUUAGGUUUUAAGAACAGGUCCUGGCCUACUUAUGUGGACCGUGGGUCCAAUGAUCAGUUUAUUUUCUGAUUCUUUGCUGUGUUGUUUUGACCUCCUUGGCUUACCUUGUGCCAUUGGGCCUCCCAGGAUCUCUACUGAUGAUCCCUGAGUGGUCAGAAGGUGUUUCCUUAGGUGAGAAUGUUCCAUGUCCUUCUGAGAAAUGGGAGUCUUUGAUUUAUGGAGAUGAAGAGGCUCCUUUAGUGGGUGUUGUGGUGAGCUUCUCCCUGUCUCUGGGGGUAGAGAGCAUUUCCUAGGCUGAAUACCUGUUGUGGCAUAAUCCCCUUUACUGAUCCCCCAGUCACAGGGUAUCUCUUGAUGGAAAUGGGGAGUCUCACAACUGCUAAGGAAGGAAAACACUUCACAUAACAGGCCGUUGUGGUAGCAUAAGUCCUUUUGCCAUGGCCCCCUUGCCAUAUGAUGCCUCUGGGGAGGGGAGGAGAGGGAAGGCUCAGCAACAGAGGAGGUGAGCUCUUUCUCUGGCUGCUCUUUUUUCUUUUCUUUUCUUUCUUUUCUUUUCUUUUUUACUCCUUCUCCUUCUCCUCCUUCUCCUUCUUCUUCUUUUUUUUUUUUUUUUUAAUCAGUAGGGCUUUGUUUAAUUCUCUUUGCCCAUUCUUCCAGGCUCGCCUUGUGUUGUAGGUGGGACUCUCGUUCAAUCUGGGGAAAGAAAGAGCCAACCUCGGCCACCUUCUCUUGUUUCUGUUGCUGACCGGGGAUCAGCAAACACCAGGACGGAGGCACCUCCUUGUGUUUUGCUGGAGGUUAUAAAAAGCCCUGAUGCUUUGCUGUUAGUCCUGGGGCGUCUAACCAGUUCACCUUCCUCUUCCACCUUUCAGAGUUCUGUUUGGUUGUUACAUGUAGUUUUUAGUCAUGCUUAGUGGGGAGAAACAGGGAGAGACAAGUCUAUGCUCUCUUGUCCAGUCUAAAAGUCCCUAUGUAACAUUUGUUAAAAACACUUGUGUUAUAGUAGUAUAAAGAAAAAAAAUUUUUUUAAUGGCUUCAGGUAGAAA